AUGCAGUCCACCGCUGAUCCGAGAAGACCGAAUAAAAUCGUGAGAUUCAAAGUUACCGAUUCCCAGUCAGCCAGCACUGUGUCAGACGAUCCACUGCCAGAGUACAUGAACGUUUUAGGAAUGGUCUUCAGCAUGUGCGGUUUAAUGAUGCGGGCUAAAUGGUGUGCCUGGAUGGCUCUUCUGUGUUCCUGUGUCAGUUUCGCGAACACACGAUCAUCAGACGACGCAAAGCAAAUCGUUAGUAGCUUUAUGUGA